CCGGUCCAUCGCUAACCACCACCGCACCUCACACACUCUCUUAGCAUAUCUGGGCUUCUCCUGCUUAUAUAACUUCAGUUGCUACAGGCAGCUAGCGAGUAGUUGCUAGCAAUACCGCUAGACACCGGCAGACAAUGGCGCAGGGAAGAGGCAGUGCUAGCGGAGGUGCCGCCGUGGUCGUUGGCGUGCUGCUCCUCUGCGUGCUCCUCCACGCCGAGGUGGUGGAGUCGGCGGUGUUCAACGUUGGUGACCGCGGCGGCUGGUCCUUCAACACCAACUCCUGGCCUACUGGCAAGCGCUUCAAGGCCGGCGACGUCCUAGUGUUCAAGUACGACGCGACGGCGCACGACGUGGUGGCGGUGAGCGCGGCCGGGUACAAGGCCUGCGCCAAGCCGGCGAGGGGCGCCAAGGUGUACAAGUCCGGCGCCGACCGCGUCACGCUGGCCCGCGGCACCAACUACUUUAUCUGCAGUGUCCCCGGCCACUGCCAGUCCGGCAUGAAGAUCGCCGUCAACGCCGCAUGAUCAAUCCGUCUAUCAUUGUCACGUCUAUUAUAUGCAUGGUGACGUGAAUUAUAUGUACGGUGUGCUAUUCUGAUUUCGACUCUGGUCGCGUGUGCGCGUUAUGCGUUUAAUUUGUACUUUCUGAUAUAUAGUAGAUAUGAAUAACUGCUUAUUUUUCACUUA